AUGGUGCAACGUCAGGUGCCGCCCAUGGCUCCCAGAACUCGUCCCGAGGUCCGUCUAGCAUCUGGGCUCUGCCGUGGGGCUGAGUGCCAUGCUGGCCACCCAACACCGACUCUGAUAGUGUUCGCCAGUGUGCUGGUAACCUGGCUCGAGGCCGCUACGCUCACUGUAGGAUCGCAUGCCCCCUGGAACGUCUCUCAUCCACACAGCGUACAAAGGCUGGGGUCAGGGCUCCAGAUUGCUCUGGACAAGCUCGACCCAGAGCCAGUGGGCAUCAAGAACUUCAGCGGGGAGCUCACCUACACCAACUCAGCAUGCGGUGCCAAGGAAUCCCUUGCAAAUUUCAUCGACCUGGUCCAAAGAGAACAGAUUCCUGCCCUGUUUGGAGCAGCAUGUCCGGAAGCAGCAGAGCCACCCAAGCAGGUAAUUGGGGACGUGCUUCAGAAGAGCCUCCGGUACCUGGGCUGGGAACGCAUUGGGAUGCUUGGAGGCUCCUCUGGCUUUUCCCUCUGGGGUGGAGUGGAUGUGCUGUGGAGGAUUGUGGAGGACGAACUCCAGUUCCGCUUCACCAUCACUGCCAGCGUGAGAUACACCAACAGUAACAGCCCAGACCUCCUGCAGGAAGAUCUCAGAAACGUGUCAACCACUGCCAGGGCCAUCAUCUUAAUCUGCAGUUCAGACAAUGCAAAAAGUAUUCUGCUUGCUGCAGAGAACCUGGGACUCAACACUGGAGAAUUUGUCUUCAUCCUCUUACAGCAGCUGGAGGACAGCUUUUGGAAGGAGUUCUUGACAGAUCAACAGAAGACAUACUUCCCAAAAAUCUAUGAGUCCGUGCUUCUCAUUGCCCUCAGUUCCUAUGGAGAAGGCACUGGAGAUGACAACUUCCGGAGACAGGUCUGCCAAAGGCUGAGGGGCCCACCCUUCCACGGCCCCAUUUCCUCAGAGAAGCAGGUGAGCCCCCACUCUGCCUACCUCCAUGAUGCCCUCCUGCUGAACGCACAGACCGUGGAGGACAUGAUCACAUCCGGGAGAGAUUUCCGGGAUGGGCGGCGGCUGAUCAGCACUCUGAAAGCCAAUCACACCACACUGCAGGGAACCAGGGGUUCUGUAUUCAUGGAUUCUCGGGAUGAAAGACAUGAUUACUCGGUCUAUGCACUACAGAAAUCUGGAAACACGUCCAUUUUCCUUCCUUUUCUUCAUUAUGACAGUGUUCAGAAAAUAAUCAGGAAACUUAAUGUACCAAAUGAGCCAACGACAGCUGCUGACAUUCUCACAGUGCUGCUCCUGAGUCUGGCCUCAGGAGCCACCACCGUAGGUGGUUUGAUGAUGCUGAGAGGAAAACUGCAGAGGCCUCCUAAAGACACCUGGUGGCAGAUCAGUUACGAUAGCAUCACCAUUCUGCCUCAGAAUAAGCCUCCCUAGCGAGGCACGCCGGUUUCAAGAGGCAACGUUAGCAACGCGUCUUCCAUGGAGAUCGCAGCAGAUGGCAGCUCCUUUGCUAAGAGCCAGCAGGGUGGAGAGCUCUUGUACGCCCCAGCAGGGCUUUACCAGGGAAACCACGUCGCCAUCCGCUAUGUUGGUGAGCAAGCAGAAGCCUGGGUUAGGAAGCCAACUCUGCUUCAAGAAGUCUGGCUGAUGUGUGAGCUGAAGCACGAAAACAUUGUCCCCUUCUUUGGUAUUUGCACAGAACCACCUGACAUUUGCAUUGUCACCAAUUAUUGCAAAAAAGGAAGCCUGAAGGGCAUGAUGUUCCUCCAUGGGAGCCCACUGUGGUCUCAUGGCAACCUGAAACCUUCCAAGUGCAUGGUAGAUGGUUGCAUGCAAGUGAAGCUGUCGGGCUUUGGGUUGUGGGAGCUCAAGUAUGGUCAGACAUGCAGAACCAUCGAUGACUCAGAGCUCUACUGGACAGCCCCAGAGCUGUUGCAACUUCCCGAGCUGCCUUGGUGAGGUACCCCUAAGGGAGAUGUUUACAGCUUCGCAGUUCUCAUGACAGAUCUACUCCACCAGCAGGCCUGUGGCCCCUUUGAAGACAUAGACGAGGCCCCAGAUGAAAUUAUCCACUGUGUUAAAAGCCUCCGCAGCACUGGUCCACUGCGGCCCUCGCUGUCUGAGGAGAAAGAGCGGAAAGCUGUGGCUCUGGUGAGGGCAUGCUGGGAUGAGUCUCCAGAGAAAAGGCCCACGUUCCCUGCCAUCAAGAAGAUGUUACGAGAAGCAAGUCCCAAGGGCUGUGUGAGCGUCCUGGAUAAUAUGAUGUGCAAACUGGAAGUGUAUGCCAAUCACCUGGAGGAAAUCGUGGAAGAGAGGACCUGCCAGCUGGUGGCAGAGAAGAGGAAGGUUGAAAAGCUUCUGUCCACAAUGUUGCCCAGCUUUGUUGGAGAGCAGCUCAUAGUCGGGAGGUGUGUGGAACCAGAACAUUUCGAGUCCGUGACGAUUUUUUUCUCAGACAUUGUGGGGUUCACAAAACUGUGUUCUCUCAGCUCCCCAUUGCAAGUGGUGAGGGUCCUCCACAACCUGUACAGCUUCUUUGAUCACAUCAUACAGGCCUACGACGUGUACAAGGUGGAAACCAUUGGUGAUGCAUACUUGGUGGCCAGUGGGCUUCCCAUCCGCAACAGGACCCAACGUGUGAAUGACAUUGCCACCGUGUCGCUGCACUUACUCAGCGCCACCAUCAACUUCCAGACUGGGCACAUGCCCACGGAGAAGCUCCAACUCCAGAUUGGCCUCCACACAGCAUUUUCGCUAGACAAUUCCUCAUCUCUGGCAGCUCUCUGGAUCCACAUUUCUCAGAGCGCUGCAGGGGCCCUCAGGGCAGCAGCAGGGUACCAUUUACAAAAAAGAGGCACAAUUCCAGUCAAGGGCAAGGGAGAUCAAACGACUUUCUGGUUGAAAGGCAAAGAAGGCUUCACAAUACCCUUCCCAGAGUUUACUGAGAAAGACGCUAAUGUCCUGGAGAGCUUGUGA